AUGAUCGUGGGCGCUCGCUGCAGGAGUUUAGACAGCUAUUGGCUCAUUGUCAGCACCUCGUGCCAAGGACGCGGAGCCCGAGUGCAACACGUUGCCAUCGACCUCGAGCCCGACCACGCGACGUUGGGACAAGCUGCUUUCGGCGCUCGAGAUUCCUCCUCGUUUCAGGUUGAUGCCUGCCAGGCCGUGGCCGGCAAGGCAGAGGAGCGAUGUGACCGAGUUCUCGAUAGUGGCCGUCGGCUGCAAGGUCAGAUGUUCAAUCCCUUCCGGAAGCUGGUGACUGUCGACACCCGCUACUAUCACGAGGGGAGCCCUGGAAGGGAAGUCGAUGUGGGGUGGCGUGCUGGACCAACCAUCGAGAAGAUCGACAAUCGAACAAGACGAAGACGAAGACUGCGCACCUCGGGCUUUAAACCUGGUGCUCCACGACAUCGACUUCGCCGGCCAACUACCUUCCUGGGGCAGGCCUCAAUCCGCGAGGCUCGAUUUCUCCGGAUGAUGCGGGCGGCGGGCGCCCUUCCCCAUGUGCUGAAAUACAUCAAGGCCGACGAGGUGAUCCUCCCCAUCCUAGAGGUCCUCGUUAACCUCGGAGACGGCGAACCUCCUAGUCAGCAUGCCGAGCCACCUCCAGCCAUCCUUGAGGACGAGCGGGAAGAGAAUGCUGAAGAUGAAGUUGGAGACGGCGAGCUAGCCCGAAAGGUGCCCAGGACCAAUGAGACAGAGGGCACGAGAGCUCCGGGGCAGUGCAGCCUCUGCUGCAAGCGGCUCCGGAAGAAGAACUACCUGGACGUGGCCGUGUGGACAGGCAGGCCAGCCUUCAACAACGUUUUAGGUUCGGCAAACGGGAAGAGAGUCGAAGCGAGUGACGCGGAGUACGCCGGGAGACUCAUCGAGGGCAAGGGCGAUCACCUUGCGGUGUCUCGGGAAAAAUACAUCCCGGAGCAGGUGACCGCGGUGCCUUUGACCCGCGAGCGCAAGCGGCUCCAGGGAGAGAAGUUAUCACCCUCUAAGUUCGAAGCCUUCCGCUCUCUGGUGUACAAGCUCAACUGGCUUGGUCGCGAGACCCCGGAGGCAGCCGGGGCUGCUUCAAUCAUGGCUUCAAGGUUGCAGGUGGCAAUCGUGCAGGAUGUCAUACUAGUGAACCAGUUUGUCAAUCACUUCCGCAACACUGCCAAGAUGCUAUAA